AUGAAUAACUUCUCAGGCGCAUUUAACGAUGCCCAGUUGGCGUUAAAGAUAGAACCAAAAAAUCAUGCGAUAAUCGCCUACCUGCAGCAUCUGACAGUUCUUAUUCAGCAGAAGCAAAAAGAAGCUAACUCUUUGGAAAGUCGGGUGAACCAAAUGAUGUCGCUCUGUUUUGAGUAUCAAGAAAAUUCAGAAAAGAGGCUGCAGGCCAUAAACAACUUGAUCGUGCUGGUACGGGAAAAGGCUGCAGCGGAAUUGGUGUUUGAAAAAGAUGGUGCACAGCAAUUGCUGAAGGUGGUUUCGACAGACAAUGAUCCGGAAAUGGUCAUUGCUGGUUUGCGAGUUUUUGUCGAGUUCAUGAACCAUGAUAAGUUGGUGAGUCAUCUGUAUGUUUAUUCUUUGCGCUUAUCCCCUUCAUGACG